AUGGUAAGGAAGAAGGUCGGCAAGCUCGCGAAGCUUGAGAAAUUCGGAAAUGGCUCCUCCGAUCCUUUCCUUGGUUCUGCCCUCCGAGACUGGUCGAGUUCUGAGUAUUCAAUCUCAUACAGUCCAGGUUAUAUUGGUUCAGUUUCGUUUUUGAGCACUGUAUUGGAGGUUGUCAAUAAACUUCGCUCUGUAAACCCAAAACUUAAAUAUGUCUGUGAUCCAGUGAUGGGUGAUGAAGGAAAGCUCUAUGUCCCUCCAGAAUUGGUAUCAGUAUAUCGAGAGAAGGUUGUCCCAGUAGCUUCAAUGUUGACUCCCAACCAGUUUGAAGCAGAACUCUUGGCUAACUUGAGGAUUGAGUCUGAAAAGGAUGGUCGUGAAGCUUGUAACAUUCUUCAUGCUGCUGGACCUCCAAUGGUUGUGCUUACAAGCAUAAAUAUCAAUGGUAAUCUUUUUCUAAUUGGUAGCCAUCAAAAGGAAAAGGGUCUGUCUCCUGAGCAAUUCAAGAUUGUGAUUCCUAAAAUUCCUGCAUAUUUCACGGGAACAGGAGAUCUUACAACUGCACUUCUACUUGGGUGGAGCAAUAAAUAUCCUGACAACCUGGACAAGGCAGCCGAGCUUGCUGUAUCAUCCUUGCAGGCCCUUCUACAGAGGACAAUUAACGACUACAAAAGUGCCGGCCAUGAUCCCAAGUCAACCAGUUUAGAGAUUCGAUUAAUCCAAAGUCAGAACGACAUUCGUAACCCCGAAAUUAAAUUCAGAGCUGAAAGAUACACUUAA